AUGAUGGAUGUCAAUCGUUCGGAUGUGUUAUCGGAUAUUCAAAUUGCCGGGUUUAAGUGUACGCUUUUUAACGAUCCAGAAAAGUCUAUGGAAAUAAAUAGUGGUUCACUUUUAGUGCCAUGGGGAAAUAGUACCAAUAUCACCAUGGAUCGAUAUGAUUGCCGAGGUUACUUGCAUGAUCUGGCUGAACACGAUGCGGACAAUGUUAUUCACAGAUCAGGAUUUCAAACAGCUGAGGAACUGGCUGCGGAAGAAAUGUGCGACUACGAGCGUUAUCUCGAACUACAAACAGAUAUCCACGAGGAAGAGAUUUUUCAUGAGGAAGAGCGUAAAAGGCGGGAAGAAGCUCUCAAGGAAUCCUACGUGGCCAUUGGUUUUUCUUACGAUGAGAACGAAACGGAUAAAAAUCCAGAUACUGACAAUACUGAUCAAACCAAGCCAAUCGACAGUCCUGAUCGAAAUCAGGCCUCAAAGGAGUUUGAAGGGGAGCCUUACAUUUGUCCACCAGAACUUAUUCUUCCACCCGACAUGAUUCUCCCUGAGUUCGAUCGCCAGGCAGCUAUCAUCGAGAAGACGGCUAUUUUUAUAGCUCGCAAUAAUGCUCAGAUGGAAAUCGUUCUCAAAACCAAACAAUCCAAUAAUCCCCAAUUUAAAUUCUUAAACUUUGAUGAUAAACUCAACCCCUUUUACAAGGAACUUGUCAAGCUAAUCAAAUCAGGUCGAUAUAUUCCUAGACACAGGCCCAAUACCUCAGAUAGCUCAAAAGCUGAUAGUGAAUUCAUUGGGGAUAAUAUUAAUCCCGAUGAGCCAUAUGAGUUAAAGUUGCCCAAAGUGGAUAUAUCAAACACUGCCUAUGCCUCUCUUAUUAAUCGGUUCAAGAAAUCCAAUGAAGGAAAGGCUAUCUCCAAUAGCUCUGAGAUGCAAAAUGGCUCCGUUGAUACCAACUUUUUGUCUGAUAAUCAGGUUUCAACUACGUCAGAUGGUAUGUUUCAAGAGCUGUCUAAACCAGAUCAACCAGCUGCACCAGUAAUAACGAAUGAGGAUUAUGAACGGUUUUAUCAAGAGUAUUAUCGUCACUACUAUUCGUAUUACUACAUGCAUUAUUCAAACAAUGCUGUUUCGACGGGAGAGGCAGAAAAUGAAUUCUGGGUCGUUUCAGAAUCUUCUCGGGCGGCUGCUACUGCAGCUCUAGCCGCUGUCAAUGCUGUUAGGCAGUCCCAAUUGGCUUUUUCCAGUUCAUCUCCACCUGCUGAUCUUCGAAGUAUUAUUGACAAAAUGGCCGAGUAUGUAGCUCGAAACGGGGACGAAUUUCAGAAUGUUGUGAAGAGCAAAAAGCAGGAUGACCCUCGCUUUGCCUUCCUUCAAACCGGUCAUAUUCAUCACGAUUACUAUAUUGCUAAAAAAAAGGAAUUUACAGCUAAGUUCCAUAAGAGUGACCAGGAAAAUGAUGUGAAAUCAUCUCCUGUGUCCAAUGCAGGUGAAUCAAAAAAUCAGGAGGUUAAAGACGAAAAGAGUCCUUUAUCGCCUAGUGUCAAAAACAAAAGUAUCUCGUUCCGACUGACAAAGUCGUGUUCGAACCGAUUAAAAGAAACAGAGGAGACAAACGGUCCUUCAGCUGCAAAUGAUGAAGAGAACCCGAUUGUUGCUGAUGCCACCACUAUACCUCAAUCAACAUAUUGCAAUACUUUGCCUGGGAUCUGUAAUUACUCCUCAGAUACUGAAAGUGAAGAGGAACAAGAGGAGUUAGUGGAGACUGCUAAUGCUAAAGGUGCUUCCCCGCCAAAUUUGCCAGUGGAGAAUGUGACCAAAACUGCGAAAGUGGUUUCCAAUGUUCAAGCUGCAACUUUGACAGCAGUUCCUCAAGCAUCCCAACCUGUCACUUCUCGCAGAAAUCGAGUCGAUAAUCCUCCCUCGUCUCAUCUUACCUCAAACGGAAAAUCGGCUAAAUCUCUUACAAUAGGAACUCUUCUCAGCGCUGAGGAGAUUGCCCGUGAUAUUCAAUCCAUGGAAGAGGAGGCACGCCAACAGUUAGAGCGUCGAAAACGUGCCGCUCUCUUUGCCGCUAAAUUGCAAGCUGCGAAGCUACGCAAAUUAGAAGAAACGGUGGCAGAAGAGCAAAGAAAAAAGUGUGAGACGCCGUCACCACCACCACCUCCGAUAAAUCGAUUAACGUCUACUGCUGCGCCACCUCCUCCUCCUUCAUCAGUACCUGCGGCGGUUGCUAAUGCAGUCGCUGCCCAGUUGAAGACUCAGAGGGAAAAAGCGCUAGAAGCUGCUACAGCUUCGAAAGAAUCGGAGAGGAACAAAUUCACUCGUCGUGCUUCCAGAAGUCCACCAGCAGCUUAUGCCAAACAUCGUCGAAGGUCAUUAUCUAGAUCUCCUUCAGGAGAAAAGAGUUAUUCCAGAAGUCGUCGACGGCGUUCACGAUCUCCGUCAAUCUCAUAUGACCAUAGCAGCAGGCGAAGCCGACAUAAACGUUUAUAG